AUGACUCUCCUAUACCAAGUCCACGGCAGCAAGGCGGAUCAUCUCAUCAAGACCCGAAAGAAGGAUGCCAGCUUCGGGAAAGAGGUCUUGGAAGAUACGUUGGCAUCGUAUGAAAAGGCAAUGUUUGCCCAGGGCCAGGACGUGAUUCGCCGCAGCACUGAAUGUGAGGCCACGAUGUUUUCGGAUGGAAUGAAACCAUUCAUUGAAGCGUAUAAUCCUAAAACGAAAGCCACCGGUACUUGGGCUGCACGCUGA